GGAGGAAUAUUUAUUGACAGAUUUCGGAAAAAUCCACCUCAUUGUGGACCUCUGAGUUUUGAUAUCUGCUUCAAUUUCUUAUCUUUUAAGUGACUAAAUUUUAACUUGUAUUCAAUUAUUUUCUAAGGUGGUAGUUAUGUCUAAAUUGCAAGAAAAUAAUUCCACUGAGGAACCCAACAGCACAACUUCAUCCAAGGAUUCAACUCCUGAAGCUGUUGCAACAUCGUCUGGAGAUAUUUCCAUUGAAGUUUCACAAGAUGAAAGUAGUUCAUCAGACACUUGCUCUAAAUUUCCAAAAUCAGAUGACACCUCGGGUAAAUGCACUCCAGCAUCCAGUGACAAAUCAACAACUGAGAGCAAAUCUGAUGAGAGAGAAGAAGAUACAUCUUCACCCUCAGGUUCAGAAUGUACCAUUAGACCAGCGGUACCAUUUAGGGUCACCUCUCCGCAUGGAACUGUCACCUCUGGUGAACCAUCAAAUCCUUGGGGCAAAUCUCCAGCUAAGCCAAUUUUACAACCAUCUUUACUGGCCAAACCAAAACUGAAUUCAUUUUCUGGAGAGGCUACAGCAAGUCUCAGUCCUUUUGUCUUAAACCCACCAAAACUGCAGAACCCAUUUGCCAAAAGUUUUAAUGGCACAGGUCUAGUAGAAAAUGUGGACGUUACCUCUAGCUCUGAAGUUUCCUCGUCAGGUGACUGUGGGAGUAAAGAAAAAGGGUCACAGGAAAACAAGGAAAGUAAAGUAAGCUCCUCGGGUUCAUCACACGUUUUUGUUCCUUUAGCAACAGCACCAUCUACUGUUGUUCAGACAACGCCUAUUCAACCGGCAACACCAUCUCGUUUUGUUUUUGGUCAAAACCUUCAUGAAAGAGUCGCUAUUCCACAGGAAACUACAGAAGCCGCAGCACCAGAAUCUUCCAGGUUAGAACAGUCGUCAGAGGCAAAUGCUAGUUCAAGUCAGGAAGAUGGCAAUGUUGCAUCCAAAACUAAUGGUACCACAUCACAAAUGCUGUUCUCGUCUGUGCUGCAGAAAGAAUCCAUCGAUAACAAAUCUAAUGAAACAAGUGAAAGAAAAUCCCUAAGUGAAGCUGCAAGAGAGUAUGAAGAAGCUCGAGCUGUAAAGAGGAAAUAUGAAGAAGUUCAAGUUGUCACUGGAGAAGAAGAAGAAAGCAAUGUCCUUCAGAUAAAUUGCAAAUUAUUUGCUUUCAAUAAUGAAAAUGGAACAUGGACCGAGAGAGGAAGAGGGACUCUGCGAGUUAAUGACAAAGAAUCCGGAAGUAAAUUGACAUCAUCCAGAGUCGUUGUUAGAACAGUCGGCAACCUUAGAGUUGUUCUUAACACCAAGAUCUGGUCUGAGAUGACUAUUAAAAAAUCAAGCGAAAAGAGCGUUCAAAUCACUGCCAUGGACAAUUCUGGACUCAUCAAAAUUUUCCUCAUCAUGGCUAGUCCUAAAGAUGCAGAUCAGUUGUAUAAAGCCUUAGAGUGGAGAGUAUCUAAUCAAAAAAAAUUAGCAGCCAAUGAAACCGUUUCAGCAGCAAAGAAAGUUUGUCCACCUGAAAAAGAAACAAUUGAAACAGAAUAAGUGAUUUUGACCUAGAAGAAGAAGAAAAAAACCAUUGCAGACACAAAAAACUUGGCUUUGCAAGGUGUAUCAGCUAUUUGCAUUAUCAUCAGCACAACAUUGAGUCAUCAAUUUACCUUAUCUUUUCCCUCCAAUUUUUUUCUUUCUAUCCUCUUUUUUUUUACUUAUUUAUUUAAUUAUUCAUUUUGACUUACUCUUAAAAUGGAACUGAAUCAAUCAUUGUUGAAAUUGCUGAUGCAUUUAAGUUUUAAAUCCCAAGGUAAUAGCUAAGUUAAAGUCUUGAUUUUAACUUCACGUUUUGCAUCAUCUUUCUUUUCGUUUGUACUUUUUCUCUUAGUUCUUUUUGUAAUCUAGGUUCUGUGGGGAAGAAUGCAUGAUCUCUUGAGGUAUAAUGAGCGAAUGAUCUAGAGCUUAUAUGCCCUCUUUUCCUUUGAAAAGAUGUCCUGUAAUCUGAUAGGAAUUAAAAUUUCAAGAAUUAGUGAAUUUAAAUGGCUAGUAACUAUAAUAGUAUUUGAGGAACUUAAUUUGCUAAUCUUUUGAUCAUGAUAAGGGGGUAAAUAUUUUCCUCUGCGAAUCUGUGUAAUAGAAUUGUACUUUAUGACAUUAUAUGAUAUGUGUUCAUGCAGAUUGAUCAGUUGUAAUUUCUUGGUUCUGAAGCCUGAGUCUGUCCUUGGUGAUCUAAAUGAAUUUUUCACUGGUGAAGUAACUGUAAUUUUGCAUUUAUUGAUUCAUUGUUGGAUGGUAUCUUUUAAUUUCACAUUGCUAAAAGUUAAUUGAAAGUUCAGCAUGCUUCUCUUUUUAAUGAAAAAAAGAAGAAAUUAAAUUAAAUCAUAUUUUCCACUCUGUUUGCCGUAAAUGCUUCAACACAAGAAUUUUUGUUACUGCAUACAUUUUCCAUUUUAGGAACAAUGUCAGAGGGAAAGGAUUUAGGAUAUUUUAACCACAGAAAAAAAUGGAUGGAGACGCUUUUAAGUAGCAAGAAGAAAUGCGACCUCUUUCCUAAAAAACAGCCGAAAACAAAUAUUGUUCAAAACAUUUAAAAUUAGGUUUAAUUUUAACAGAUUGAUAGAACUCAGAACUCUGAAGGAAGUACAUAUUUGGUUUAUCUAAGAUACAUUUUAUUAAAGUAUGUUUGGCACUGAGUUUUGCAAUCAAAUUCCAUUAAAAAUUAAACCCAUCUGGAGAUUGAUGGAAACCUUAUUCAUAUAGACUCCUUUUCUCCGAGUCUAAUUAUUAUCGACAAAUUUCAAUGUGCACACUCAUAAUUAAUUAUUCUCAAAGUGUGUUUUGAAGAGUGAACCUCUGUUUUUAUCUUAAGUUUUGACAAAUGUCUCUCAAAUGUUUCACGAAAACUUAAACAAGCAUGUGUGGAGUUGAAAAAUGUUAGAAACUUAUCGCUUAAGUACCUAUGUUGAUUCCUAUUCAUACCAUGUUCUUUUCUUAAUUUUUUGUAUUCUUGUCUCUGUUUUUGUUUCUUCUUCUAAUUGUGUAAAUAUGCUCAGUCUAAGGCUGCCCAUAGUUUUGUAAUGUUCUGAUACCAUUUGAAUUCCCUUUCAUCUCCAUGUACAAAAUGUAAUUUCCACCUUUGUACAGAAAUCAAAUUAUCCAUAAUUUCUGCUUUCUAAACUUGUCAACAAUUAUAACAAUUGUAAAAGGAGCUGUAUAUUUAACCAUUGAUUAUGAUUAUACGUUUCAAACGAAAUAGGCAAAUUCUGAUAAGUACUGCAGGUAUACAAAACUCUGAGACCGACACCUCAAUUUGCAAGUUAUUUCAACACCAUGCAUUAGUUUUAUGGUAAACUUAUCAUCGUUAGGAGAAAAUAUAAAUGAAUUUUUCUCCUAAGGUCAAGAAAAUGUUUUAAAAAUCUUGAGCAAUAAAAAGAAAAAUAAUAAAUAAACAAAUUAAAUUAAAUUGAAAGCCAUAAUUUUGAGAUGUUGCAAUUGUUCACUUAAAUGCGUUUAAGAAAUAAUAGAGUCUGUUUUUAGAGUUUACUCAUCUACAUUGGUAGUAAAAACCAUAAAUAAAUCAAUUAAACAUGUUGGUGUGGGACGUUACAAACUUCCAAUCAUAAUUUCUAUUUAUGCAGGAAACUCAACUCUGUUUAUUUGUGAAAUUUCAUGCGAAAGUAUAAUUUACUUUCCUUUAAAAAAUAUAAAACCAGAGAGAACAUUUUAAAACCCUUAAUUUGAUCUAGGUACAUGCUCUUUUUUUUCUAUUUUGACCAUUUACGUGCAAAUAUCUCGAACGAAAAACAAGGGAUAAUGUUCUAUUCAACUUGAAGGAAAAAAAGAGUAGCCUUCUAUGUAUAAACAAUACCCCUAAAACAUCUAUCUGCUACGAGAAAAAUUCUACAAAACAAUUGGAUACCAUUCAAUGUAACAUAAUCACUUAGAAAAUGAUAGAUUUGAAAAAUAGCCAACAAACAGAACAGUCACUUAUUUUUAGGUUGAUAGUUUCCAUUUUGAUUGUGAUAAUACCAAUUUAAGGAAAAAUAUGAUAUGAUGUGUAACAGAAGUAAAUAAAAAUAAACGAAAAUUUAUUUUACCUGAAAA